GUUGAUGAUUGAUUUCUGUGAGACGAUGAGCUUGUGAAAGCUAUCGGUCUUCGGACCCGUUACAGGAGCAAGGAUUUUCCGAUAUCGGGACAGACUGGGUAAAAGGGGUUAACAGAGUAAGCGACUCCGCAAUUUCAGAUGCUGUGAACUUUUGUGUAAUCAAGGCGGCUUCAAAAGGAUCGGGCUGGCCAAAGGCACUUGUCAGACAACGACCUUGUGAUGACAAUCGGUUUUCGGACGCGACUUAGGAGCGAGGCGCUUCGGUCCUGCCUGACUACACGGGGUAAACAGGAAAAUCAACCCCAAAAGCAGAACUACAUGUGUAAUCAAUCGUCGGAUUUAAGAGAUUUGAGUCGCCCUAAAGCAAGUGCUUUGUAAUACACUGUUUGUUUUUGUACACCAACGUUUGAUAUCACCUGAUAUUUUCAAUGUGUGGCCUCCAGUUGAAGAAGUGUAUAAAAGCUAACAAUAUCUCCUGAUCGAGAUGGUUGUGUUUUAGAAUACCAUCUUCAACAAUCAAAAGCGGAAAGGCUUCGCUCAAACGCUUUCAACCAACAACUUCCAGCUUUCGAGAUUGGCAAUCCAAAUCUACCACAAUGGCAACUGCAAAUAAGAUUCUUUUGACCGUUGACGACAUAGGGAUUGUGAAAUACAAACCUCAAACCCCUGAGACGGCAAGGAGAACUUCGGAACUUCUUCAAGAAAACCAUGAGGUAAACUUCCAUAUUCAUUUCUCUCCGGCUAUACACCUUCGUUCUCUUGAAAGCCUAGGCCCACUCAGUACUCUGGAUAUACCUUCAGAAGAAGUUGAGCUAGACUUUCUAUACCAGCAAAGUCAAUGGUCAAAAUAUGAACUUAUAAAGAAUUCGCUUCAACCACUCACCCCCUCCCACUACACAUUCCCUUCACUCAACUCCCCAGAAAAACAACCACAACAUGAAGAUUCCCCACAAACCCCUAACAACCCCAUUAGAAGCACCACACAUACUUCAACAGCAGUCGCGGCUUCCACAACCACAUAGUCCACGGUAUCCUAACCCUUUAUGGAUUGGGCGCUCCAACUUCCGUCAUAGAAACACACUACAAACUGAAUGCCCCUUACCAACGACCUCUCAAUCUCCCGUACACCAUCAACCUUCCAGUCCCUGACCUCAAAAACCCAGAGGUCUUCAGGAAAAGCUUAGGGGAUGAGAAAAACUAUGCAUUCUUUCUCGAGUUUUUCAAGAAGGAGAUUGAAGAAAAGGGAUGGGAGAAUGUAUUGUUGGAGUAUAUGUUCGCAGAAGGGGAGAGGGGUGAUGAUAUGUUUGGUAGAAUGUUUGAAUGUGAGUACUAAGUUUUCCUAUAGCUUGAGGGGCGAUGGAAGGAAGGAGGUGGAGUUGAGUGUGUGAUCUUGGGGAUUGAGGACAAUUUGAAGAAUUUCCUUCUUGAUUCUUCUAAAUCCUCUGGAAGGACAUCUUGAAUUGCUCAAGAAACAUCUCGAAGACUGCACAAUGCCACAAUCCACCCUCCACAACUCCAACCCCUCUCGCCAUUCCACGACUCCUUCUCAUUUCACACAAACACAUACAUAAAUCUAACAACCACAACAGCUAUCUUCCACCCAAUAAUCCACCUAGGCUUCGGCAUCGAAUUCCACCAACCAGCCAUCAUAGCCGAAGCACUAGCACAAGCCUGCGUCCACCCAACUCACACAGGCGAGUAUCUCCUCUCGGUGGAACGAGCCCUUCAAUCCUCUCCAUCAUCAAAAGCGGCCCCAAAAAAGAUAAAGGAGAUCUUGAACAUGAUACACAACGACAAAAAGCUAUCAGUAGCCGCGGACAAGAAAUCCGAAGACCUAUUACGAGACGGUGUCUUAACCCACGCUCGGGAAGAGAUGAUAUCUUACGCGAAACUGUACAACAGUCUGCCCCCCCUUUUCCCUCCACCUACAAGCUAAGUACCCUCGCUAACCAACCCCUCCCAGCACCACCCGAUGCCAUCCCUUCUCUCACACACGCCAUGAUACAAAACAGCAUCUACCUCUCCGCCACGCCCGCACCAGCCCCCUACGAUCCCAUAAAGAUCGAUUUCCUGCUGAUGCACUGCGCCACGGUAUCGAUUCUCUUCCCAACCUUGCUGUCCCUCACUUUCCUCACGCCCUUUAUGGCCGUGCGACUCGUGAACUUCAAGGUCUGGUCUGAUCUCUUCCUGUACGCGACUCGGAACGCGCCGAGAUUGGCGGAAAAUGAGAUGGAGAGCUAUGAUCCGAGGGCCUGGAAGGAUGGGGGAGAGAAUGAGAAUGGGGAUGGCUGGACAGGGGUGUGGGAGCGGUUGUUCAAGUACCAGGAGAAAGGCGAUGAUGGACAUGCGGUUAAGCUUGGGAGGGCUGUACGAUAUGGUGAGAUGAUUGCGAAGGGGGACAAGAGUGCUGUCACGAAAGGCGAUGGAACAGUUAAUGGUCAUGGGGAAGGGGAGGAGCUAUUAAAGGGCGACAUGUGGUUGCGAUUUGGGCAUCGGGUUAUCGAUUCCGCCGAGGAUGCGGGGAGUGAAGCGCCUUGGAUCAGGCCUAAUAUGUAAGAAGCUUUAGGUACGACCGUGGAUAUGGGAGGAUACAUGGGAUUGGGAGUUUGUGAUGGGAACGGAGAUGGAAGGGAAUUUGUACAGAACUAGGGAAGAAAGAAUUGGAGAUUGGAAAGAGGUGAUUGAAAAGGGGGGCUGUACACUCCACUUAUCUAAUUUUCAUUUCUUAAACUUUAGGCUAAUCGAAAAUCUGUUAAUUCUAAAACCAA